CCGGCAUGAAGCCGCCGCCGCGGCGACGCGCGACCCCGGCGCGCUACGUGGAGGAGGCGACGGGGCCGCAGGCCUGGAGCCCGCACGAGAAACGGCAGCUGCUGCAGCUGCUGCAGGCGCGGCGGGGACAGCCGGAGCCCGACGCUGCCGAGCUGGCCCGCGAGCUGCCGAGUCGCAGCGAGGCCGACAUCCAGGACUUCGUCCGGAGGCUCAAGGCAGGCGCGCUCCGGGAGGCCGCGCAGAGGGCGCGUCGGGCUGCCCCGCGGGGGCCUCGGUGCGAGGCGCAGACCCCGGCGCCCAUCGAGGUGUGGCUGGAUCUCACGGAGAAGAUCACAGGCCCCUUGGAGGGAGCGCUCACCACAGCCUUCUGCCAGGCACUCACCAUCGCCACCACGGAACCCGCCAACCUCCUGCACUCCAAGCCCCCUAAACCCACGCAGGCCCGUGGGAAGCCAUUGCUGUUGAGUGUCCCUGGCCCCACCCCUGGGGCUCCCGGCUGCGCCCCCAAAGUGACUGGCCCCACUCCUGAAGGAGCCAAUCCCACACCCAAGGUGCCUGACCCACCCCCAGAGGCUCCUGGCCCCGCCCCCGAUGCACCUGACCCGCCCCUAGAGGCUCCUAGCCCCUCCCCUGAUGUGCCUGGCCCUGCCCCCGAUGCACCUGGCCCCACCCCCGAUGUGCCUGGCCCCGCCCCUGAUGCAUCUGGCCCCACCCCUGAUGCACCUGGCCCGCCCCCAGAGGCUUCUGGCCCCGCCCCCAAUGCAUCUGGCCCCACCCCUGAUGCACCUGGCCCACCCCCAGAGGCGCCUGGCCCCGCCCCAGAGGCACUUUCCAAAUCCCCUGCGGGUCCCCCCCUGGCUGGAGGAGACUUCACGGUGGAUUUUGAGAAGAUCUACAAGUACCUGGCCUCGUCCUCCCGCGGCAGCCAGGGCCCGGAGCUGUCCCCUACCGAGUCGGCCGUGCUCCUGAACUUGCUCAUGGCCCUGCCCGAGGAGCUGCCGCACCUGCCCUGCGCCGCGCUGGCCGAGCACAUGACCCAGAUGUAUGAUCACCUGACGGCGCCUGAGCCCAGCCCCGCCGCCGCCGAGGGGAGCCCCGGGGCCCCGGGCAGCCCCCGAGCCCCCGCAGAGGCUGGGCCCAGCGCUCCGAGGUCCCCCUGGGAGACGGCUGGCAUCUGUCCCCUCAACCCAUUUGCAGUGCCCUUGGAGCUGCUGGGCAGGGCGGCCAGCCCCACAGGGUGAGGGGUAACACCCGAGCAGCUG